AUGCCUUUACUCGUGGAGCGCCCGCGUUCAUCGCAAGAGGCGCUCCUCCGCCUCGAAAAAGGCAGCGCUUCUCCGAGUACUCAACUUCACGAAGCGGCACAAAUUCUCGGAUUGGACCUAUCGCUGUGUGGGAGUCAUCCGGAGACUCACCGGGAUGAGAACAUUCAAAGUAAAGCUACUCCGAAGGAGGAGUGGGUGCUACGAUGGUUGUUGAAAAAACUACGAGCCGGGAAGAACUAUCGAGUGGACCCUUCUUCGUUUUUGCUUCUGCGACAGCUUAUCGAUCUGAUUUCACCGAAGAAUUUGGCGGCGAUUUUGAAGGACAACAAGUUUUUGCCUACAAUGUGCGAGACGAUUGCCGAUUUGGAGACCGACAUCUAUGCGACAGUAGGCAGUGGGUUAUCGAUUUCGAGCUUCGGUUCGGAAUCUAGUCAUACGCUGUCUGGCUCCUCUAUCCAAGAUGAACAAACUGGGAUUCAGGGAAUCAAACGGAAGAGAGACAGCGCAGAGAACGAUCCGGAUGCUAUGGAUAUUGAUAGUCCGCCACAGGACCCCGCAUCAUGCUUCCUUACAUUCAUUCGUGUACUGGAUUGUUUGCACGGGGUUGUAACAUUGGCUCAACGAACUAUCGGAACCGACGAGGUUGCAAACUCUCAUCUUAAAUUGGUCUUACGAGGAGAUCCCGACGCAGUCGCUUUGUCACUUGGUAGGGCAUUCCAACUGGCCGCCAUAGCCACCGCCCAAUUUACUCAAGCCGGCAGAACCACCGACGUCCAACAUUUGGUGUAUGUAUUCCCAGCUAUGUUGGAGCUAUGGGAGUCGAGAUCUUUUUGCCGCGAUGACACAGACAACAAGACAAGCAACGAAUGUUUUGCGAACUCUUGUUUGUCCCACGCCCUCCGAUUGCAAUUUUGUCUGCGGAAUAUCAACCUUGAUACCGAUGAAAGGGCUUAUCUACUCCAUGCGAUAGAGCGAAUCAUUGCUCUUCAUGUGCUGCUUCCCGUGCGCACAGAUUUCUUUGAACGAGGUGGAUCUGGAAUUGAUUACUCACACGACGAGCCCGAUUGGAGCGCAGUCAAGCCGGUGACAGAUGCACUUCGACCAAUCAUUCGCGAGCAAUCUAGCAUUCAGGGUGGAUCUGACGGCUCUAAUGUGCCCUUUCAUUCACUUUGGCGGUCCAUUGAGCUUCUCCCGGAGCUGUUCGAUAAUGCCGUCCGAGCUGUCCCAAGAGAUGACUUCAGAAGGCAGACUCGCGAAGCUCCUUGGUUGGAAACUCUCUUCGUUGCAGUGGCUGAGCUGGCUUACUCUACUGCAAAGGACGAUGAGCCCGAUAACUUUACUCCUCGGUUUGUUUCAGUACUGGAGCAGCUCCUUCGAGUAGCUCUCGAACGGAAUGUCGGCUUAUCCCUCCACACCGUCCUCACACACGCACGUUAUACUGGUCUUCUUGAGGAAGGCUUAGAGCAGGUUGAGUGGGCCAUCACCGCCUUGGUGAUUAGCCUUGGUGUUGAUGUCUUCUUACCCAAUUCGGGAUUGCGGGACACUCGCAAAUUUUUAGACGCCUUGCUAGACAAGAUCAUGCUUCAGUGGCGUCACGAUGCUGCCAACUCAUCUGAAACGUAUCAAGUCAUUAAACAUGACAUCGUACUGCCCUUAUUGCGAGGGUUUGCAACUGCCAGAGACUUGCCUACUUUCUUGGAGGUAUGGCAAAGCCAGCUUGUCAUUUUAGAAAAAGCCCGAGCCCAGAAUGGCACUUUGCCAUUGUUUUCCGUUUGGGAAGACGAUGACUUAUGCAACGCAUAUAGCGAGGUUAUACGUACCUCUCUUAUUGGGACAACCUUAUCAACCUUUAUUCAAGCUACCGCGGUUGAGAUUAGAGCUGACGAUGGCAAAAUUUCGGAUUUGCCGGAGUCGUACGCAAAGUUUGUGGUCGUUGAAGCCAGCUCUCGCGGAAGGUCAUGGGAUUUCAUCAAUGCUGAGAAGACCUUGGCGCAGUUUUUCGAUGUGAUAGAAGCUACUCUCUCCUCGAAGCAAAGUAUUCAUUGGCGUUGGCGCUUAUGGCGAUUUGUGCGAAAUGUUCUACGAAAUAACUUGCACGCACCCGACAAUUCUGUCACCCAGACGGCACGAUCUCUAAUCGUGGCCGCUUCCAAGAGAAUUCAUCGCAACCACAAGAACCUGACCAAGGCACCUCUUGCCUCACUAGAGUCUUGGGAGGCAUACAGGUUUGCCUUGGUUUCCAUCAAAGGACAGCCGAGCGAGGAACAGCGUGAUGCCUUCAUUGCCCUUUCAAAGGACAUCAUAAGCCUCGUCACUUCUAUUUCUCGUGAAGAUGCCCAAAAAUCGAUGGAAGGCCCCUGGAAUGGACGGGUAGACACCUUGAAUUCUCCAACUAUUCUUGCCCUGGCUUAUAUACUGGCACUUGUCAGGGUACCAGAUGUCUGGGAGCUUAUCGCGAGUGAAGACCGAUCACGCCUCUUCCAGCACCUUCUUUCCUUGGCCGCUGCUCAGUACCAUUCAUCAUCAUUACCUCUGGAGGCCGUGGCAGAUGACGCCCGGUUCUUGCAAGCAUGGGCAAGCAUUGUAUGCCACGAGUAUCUGCUCAAUGUACCAUGUCUUGUGCCCGAUGUUGCCCUCCUUCUUAACAAGAAUAUCGAACAAGACUCUUCGGAUCGUCGAUUGUACAUCGAGAGCUUGCAGAGAAUUCCAACCCCCCUCAUCACUCGUGGUCUGAGAACCUCUCUCCUGAACAAGCUUCAGGAUGUUCUCGUCCCGCAGGAUACCACUUCGGAAGUCACUGCCGGGGUCUUGACUAUGAUGGCUAAGUUGGCAGCCAUGCCUAAGUGUGAUGCGAAUGUGACUAGUGACUGGGAGCCAAUUUGGACUACAGCCCGAGCUAUCACUCUUCAAGGCACUGAACUUGACCUUCAAAUAAUGAAGUCAUUCCGAAGCCUGCAUCGUGCUAUCAUUGCCAAAUUGCUGCUGGUUUCAAAUGACGAUCGUGAUGGUUUAUUCAAGAAGUUGUUUGCAAGAGUCUCAAAGCAGGCCUCUAAGUUGAGACAAAUUGAUCGUGACUCUAUGGUCUGUUUCCUCCUGCGCCUAUCCUUAUCCGAGCUCUGGGUGCAUCGCACCAAACUGAACAAGGCUUUCUCUGAAGAUGAGCUGGCUACUUGUCGCCAAAAUGUGUUUAACUUGGUGCUCGCGGAUAUGAAGUCUGUCAAGGACCAAUGCCGAAAACAUCAGUUGGAAGAGACAGUAACUCUCAUCAAGACCAUCGAUGCCUUGGAGGACUUUGAGGAUUUGGCAUUAAAUAACAUUGAAGUCGAGAAAUUCUUGUCAAAGAUUGAGCAUUAUAUGGCCAUGUCAGUUGACUCGGCUCCAUCCCGGUUGAUUCGUCGUCGUCUUUUGGCAACCAAAGGAUCAGAGAAUAGCAUAACCGAACCGGUUCUGCGAUGUGCUGAAACUCUUACUCUCCAAUCGCUCUAUGCGGAAGACCAGCAGCUUUUUAUCCGGGCCACUACAGAGCGCUUCCGCUCCAUGACAGUUGGCAGAAUCACCCAGGCAAUUCGUGAAGUUCGGGAGCUUGGCUUCACUGGCCAAAAUGCGGCAUACCGAAUCCUUGUCGUCUAUCUCGCCAUCAUCUCACUGCCAGCAGUGGAGGACAAAGAAAGUGAAGUUGCCUGCGAAUUAUCUCUCCUUUGCACAGCUCUGGCCGAUGCCAUUGUGCACGGUACCUCAAUUGAGCAGUUCUGCUUUGCAGUAGAGAGCCUCACAUUGUUGCUCCGAGUACACACCCGCACCCUCGCGCAAUGCAACAUUGACACUAUCCUGGCCGCCAUUGCGACCUGCGCCUCCAAGGUCGGCCCGCGUAUCUCGCCUGAGUAUGCCUCGACAAUUUAUACUCGUCUCUGUCGCCUAAUGGGUAUUGUUCUCGGUCUCCAGCGUUUGAAGGUCAACGGUCGUUUCCAUCUUGUCGUCAAGGCCAUGCAGCGCCUCCUUGGUUGCCUUUUCGCGCGCUCACGCAAACGCUCCCGCUCUGCUCACAUCCAAAACUCCCUCUCCCAGCCUUUCUGGCUCGCUCCACUGGAGGCAUCGCACACAUCUUCCUACACUCGUCUGCUUACUACGCUGAGUGAUCCCACUGUGUCUGCUGUGCUCCGGCCUCAGCCCGGUGCAUCCCGUGAUGCUUUGAACGACGAGACUAAGAAAGCGAAGCGCAUUGCUGGUCAGCAUCUACAGUACGUCAUCAUGGAAUACGCGCAAUACUCCUUGCGUGGAUCCCUGUUGCCGGCUGUUAAGGCUGCAUUGAUGCCAGGCUUGUAUGCGGCCUUGGAUGUGAUGUCGAAGGAAUCGCUGCGUGCACUGAACGCCGGGCUCGAUGUCUCUAGUCGGGCUGUUUUCAAGUCUCUUUAUGAUGACUAUGUCAAGUUCGGAAAGUGGAAUAAGGCUUGA